UGCGCCGAGUUGAGACGUUCCGUAUGAAUCCAACUACAUAAGUACCUACCUGAUCAUUGCCUAGGAGAAUAAACUGAUCUGUAAGUGCUGACUGAUCCCCACCCUCCGUGGAUCAGAUCUCUGACAGUCGUUAUUCGGCAGGGCUGUUUUACUCUGCAGCAACAGACAGUUUUGUACUGCCCUGCAACUCAGGUGGCUCGAAGCGCGCGUCCGUCGUCGUGAGGAGGCUUAAGAAGCGCCUUGAAUCUCGGAAUAGUGUUGUGUUGUGUCGUGCGUUGGAAGAAAAGUUGAAAACAUAACCACUUAACUGGUUUGGCAAUUGAAAUUGCUCGUUACAGUGCCCCAUCGUUAGUACCGAAAAUUAGCAUCUCUUUGCGCUAGAAACUUCGCUCGGAAUCUAUAAGCUGGUGAUUUUAGUGUUCGAGUUAACUACACGCCAAAUAGUUGAAGAAGUCACAACAACUGUGUGACCUGAGUAGUGUUUUUGUUGAUUUUUACUUCCAAUAACUUCGGUCUGCGGACGUUACUACCGUCACAUUUGUAGUGUCUUUGGAUUGUAGCCGUUCUAGUUGCUGGUUCGUUAGACAAAACUAUAAAAAAUAGACAUGGAUUUUGACGAUGGACAGGAUCGCAUUGGGCCCAUGUACCGGGAUCGGAUCGUUUUUAUAACCGGUGGUACAGGUUUCAUGGGAAAAACUCUGAUCGAGAAGCUGUUGAGAUGCACGGAAGUUGAACAGAUUUACCUACUCGUUCGAACCAAAAAGGGAAAAACGCCAAAACAACGCCUGGAGGAUAUUUUCGCUAACCCGCUCUUCGAUACGGUCAAAAAGGAAAAGGGUAUCGACGCACUACUAGCAAAAUGUGUGGUGAUAGGUGGCGAUGUGAUGGAACCGGACCUGGCAAUAUCCAACGCCGAUCGACAGUUGGUCAUAGAAAACGUAUCUAUCAUCUACCACUGUGCCGCCACAAUCCGAUUCGAUGAAGCCCUCAAGAAAGCAGUCCUGCUGAACACCCGGGGUACCAAGUGUAUGGUCGAACUGGCGAAACAGUGCAAAAAGUUAGAGAUGUUUGGUUAUGUCUCCACAUCAUAUUGCCAUUUGAAUGUAAAAUUCCUGGAGGAGAAACCAUAUCCACCACCGGCAGAUCCACAUAAGGUUAUCAAAGCCAUUGAAUGGUUGGAGGACGACGUGGUCGAUGGCAUGACCAGAAAGAUUCUUGGGGAUUGCCCCAACACGUAUGCAUACACCAAAGCUCUGGCCGAGGCUCUCGUGGUCGAGGCAAUGAAUGACAUCCCGUGCGUCAUCUUCCGCCCGUCGAUUGUCCUACCGACUUGGCGUGAGCCGCUUCCCGGGUGGACAGACAACAUCAACGGCCCAGUCGGAAUGUUGAUUGCCGCCGGAAAAGGUGUCGUGAGAUCAAUGUACUGCAGCUCCCAGAGCUACGGCGAUUUUCUUCCGGUAGAUUUCGGUGUCAGCGCGAUAUGCGUGUGCACCUGGAAUUUCAUCGGACGGAAGGAUUACUCGCGAAAUAUUUAUCAUUUGGUAAGCUCGGCUGAGGUUAAACAAUCGUGGGAGGAAAUCAUCGAGCUUGGCAGAACCAUCACUUGCACCAAAGUGCCACUGAAUGGCGUCUUCUGGUAUCCGGGAGGCAAUAUGAAGAAGCACAGAUGGGAGCACAACCUGGCCGCUUUAUUCUUCCAUUGGUUACCGGCUGUGCUUAUCGACUGCUUACUCUACGUACUUGGCUACAAACCUGUGCUCUGUCGUGUGCACCGAAGAAUCGCCAAGGGAUUCGAGGUACUUGAAUACUACGCCAACAAUCAGUGGGACUUUGACAAUACCACCGUUAUGCAUUUGCGAGAAAAAAUCAACGACGUGGAAAAGGUUAAAUUUAAAAUUGAUGCGGACGGAGUCGUGAUAGAAAAAUAUUUCGAGGACUGUAUCAUGGGUGCUCGAAAGUUUAUCCUGAACGAAACCGAUGACACCAUUCCAGCCGCCAGAAGGCAUAUGCGAAUAAUGUGGUUUGUCGAUAAGUUUUGCAAAACCAUCAUCUACGGAGCUUUCCUGUACUACGUCGGUCUAUGGGUCUUCAACAAAAUGUUUGCGACCGCAUUCUAGCUCAAUUCAGUGCAAUAAAUCAUCUUCAAAUCAUUGUUAGUAUAUGUUAUAGAGUGUAUGUCAGCUUUAGUGUUACCACCUUUCGUUUGUAUAUUUGAUCAGCAGUUUUUGGAAGUUUUAUAUGAAUAAUGAUAGCGGCAGCUUUUGCUGCGUAGUGUAUCGAAUAAAUAGUAAUUGACACGCACGUCAAUAAACGUAUCAUAAAUCA